GGUUUGUGUUUGCUUGCUUUGCUUUUGCCCAGCAGAGGCGGCGGAGAGCCGGGGGAGCGAUGGCAGACGCGCUUGCCUGCAGUUCAGUGAUUUUGACUUUCCACCUUAGUCUUCGCCGCUUGCUCCUCGGUCGCCUCUAGUCGCUGUGCUCGGGGAUUAGACAUAAUGAUAACGUCUGCCAUCCCUCGAAAGCCAGCUUGUGGGAUGCAGGUGCGGGAGUAGCAGCCACGUGCUUGUCUGAACUUGCCCCGGGACAGGAGUCGGGGGAGUGGGAAGAACCUCCCUUAGCCCGGCCGGGAGAGGGCCUGAGGGAGAGCCAGGGUUUCACAGCCCUGGGACUGGCCUGGAGUGGUUAGGGUUGCAAGUUCAUCAGCUGUCGCCCACCGAGAUACUUAGCCCCUUCUGAUCCUAGUUUACAAUGGUUUUAAUCAUAGCAAUAUUCCUGAUACAGUGUUUUCAAAAAUUAGAACCACUGGGAUUUGUUACCACUGUCUUAAGGGUGUCAAUUCCGGGAUGCCACCUGUAGGUGGUAUGACUAGCAGUUCUCAGUCUGGUAGGAGAAAGGAAAAGUUGCCUGGAGAAUGACUCAGCUCCCAACCAAGCCGUGAUUUCACGAGGACAGGCCCUUUCCUGGAUCCUGUGGUCCCCCUUUUCAGAGCUUCAGAAUUGGCAGCUGCAAAGCUAAUUAACUUUGUGGUGAUAAUAAAUAGCUUCCUUUGCUUGAAGGAACUGCUCAGGAAAGUGUAGUGCUCCAAGAUGACUGUUCCAAGAGGAAAUUUACAAUGCCUAAAAUGGCUCAGGGAAACAGAAUAUUAGAGCUGGAAGAGGUGCAGGUAGUUCAGCUCCUUUUCACAAAUGAAGCUGGUGCCCGCAGAAGUCAGGAAACCUGCUCAAGAUCACAGAGGACUCACCAGCACAGAAGUCUCACCCAAUAUAGACCCUUUCUGCUUUAUCCCCAUUGGGAUGAAAGAGCUCUAGAGGGCAGCGACCACUCUUGCCAGGCCUCAAGGCUGGCUGAGUAGCUGGCUGCCCACUUGGCGCCCCACUUCUAUGUCUCAGCUGAAGAAUGUGGAAGCCAAGAUCCUCCAGUGUCUCCAGAACAAGUUCCUGGCCCGAUAUGUGUCCCUCCCAAACCAGAACAAGAUUUGGACGGUGACCGUGAGCCCCGAGCUAAAGGACCGCACCCCCCUGGUGAUGGUGCAUGGCUUUGGGGGCGGCGUGGGCCUCUGGGUCCUCAACAUGGAUUCCCUGAGUGCCCGCCGCACACUGCACACCUUCGAUCUGCUUGGCUUCGGGCGAAGCUCAAGGCCAACAUUCCCAAGGGACCCAGUGGGGGCUGAGGAUGAGUUUGUGACCUCAAUAGAGACAUGGCGGGAAACCAUGGGCAUCCCCAGCAUGAUCCUUCUGGGACACAGUUUAGGAGGAUUCCUGGCCACUUCUUACUCUAUUAAGUACCCAGAAAGAGUUAAGCACCUCAUCCUGGUGGACCCAUGGGGCUUUCCCCUCCGACCAACUGACCCCAGUGAGAUCCGUGCACCCCCAACCUGGUUGAAAGCCGUGGCCUCUGUCCUGGGGCGUUCCAAUCCAUUGGCUGUUCUUCGAGUAGCUGGGCCCUGGGGGCCUGGCCUUGUGCAGCGAUUCCGGCCAGACUUCAAACGUAAGUUUGCAGAUUUCUUUGAAGAUGAUACCAUAUCGGAGUACAUCUACCACUGCAACGCGCAGAAUCCCAGUGGUGAGACGGCAUUCAAAGCCAUGAUGGAGUCCUUCGGCUGGGCCCGGCGCCCCAUGUUGGAGCGAAUUCACUUGAUUCGAAAAGAUAUGCCCAUCACUAUGAUCUAUGGGGCCAACACCUGGAUAGAUACCAGCACAGGGGAAAAAGUGAAGAUGCAGCGGCCGGAUUCCUAUGUCCGGGACAUGGAGAUUGAGGGUGCCUCACACCAUGUCUACGCCGACCAGCCACACAUCUUCAAUGCUGUGGUGGAAGAGAUCUGUGAUUCAGUUGACUGAGCUGCCCUCCCUAGAGGAAGAGGAGAAAGCCAGAGAGUCGCACUUGCCUCCCUGUCUGCUUUACUCCCCCCCCUCUAUCCUUUCCUCACCAACUAACACCUGCCAGCCAGGCAGAGUCUUGGGCUUUCCCCAGGACAGGACCACAGUGUAAAAGAACACUCUUGAGGACUGGAGGCAAAAGCCAUGGAGGCCUUGCGUUCCCCACCUUAGGAAACAGCAUCAAGAACAUAAAGGGUUGCCCAGUGCCACCCAUUCUCUCCAUGCCAAGUGUUCCCAUAUGGUGGUUGUAAAGGGAUUGCACUUAGCCAUGCUCCCUCCUUGUGCCAAAGGGAGGGCAGUCUCUCUUCCCCUGGGUAAACAAGAGGCUCCCAGCAGCCUUUUCCAGUUCUGGAGUGUUUGUAGGGGUAAGUUUCAUGCAAGAACAUAGUCUUCCUAUCUCACUCCCUCCCCACUCCCUGUCCCAUCCCAUGCCAGUUCCACCAGGGUCUGGCUGGGACCAGUUCCCACCUAACUACCAAGAACAGGUCCUGGAGCUCCCAUGACCUACAGAAUCUCCUCCAUGAUCUGAGAGGUCAUAUCCAAAACCCUCAUUGACAGAUGAGGAAAGGACGUGGCUGGCCCAUGGUCACACAGCUCUGUGUGAUGCAAGUUCUGGCACAGCUAAGGCCAGAGCCCAGGCCUGCUGAUGCCCAGUGCUCAUUGCAGACUCCACUUGCUAAGGUUCGAGGUCGGCACUAUUGCCAUGUGGCUAGUCCUAAUCACUGGCCAAGGAUAAGCCCAUGCCUGCCCCCACAUUCCAGCCCCUCUGCACGGGGGUGCUGUUGUCCUGCUCUAUGUCACAGCUCUGGAUGCCUAAGCAGAGGACAUCCAAGUGCUUCCUUCCUUGCCCCGUCUUCCUCCCACCUGGGAUGCCUCUGGGUCUCCCUCUGUGCCUUGGGUCCUGAAGCCCCAUAUGUAGUAUAGAGCAAGAGUGGCCCCUGGUGGGGAGGCGGGGGAGCAGGGAGGCCCUUCAACCCAAGACCAUGUCUGAAUGCCCCCUCCCACUAGUAUCCACAGGGCUGACGCCCACCUUGAGGCCCGGCCAACAGUCCAGUGGGGAGGCUCAAGCCAGCAGCACCCUGUCCUCAUCAGCCACAGGAUAGUACUCACUGCCUGACCAUCCAUCUCUGCCUUCUGUCCCCAUGGUCUCCACUCAUUCCCUCCCCCAACAUACCUGUCUCGGCCUGGUUCCAGGAAGUUCUGGGAAGUUGGCUGGGCCUGGCCCCCAGAACCAGGGCAGCUCCUGCCUGCUCCUUCACUUUGUAGAGCCAACCCUUUCACCAACUCCUGUGCUCUGUACUAUUGUCCAGUUGCCUUGGCUCCUUUUCUAUAUAUAAUAAAA